AUGCCAGCUUCUCCGCCUCACAUUGUUUCACGCAAGCGCAGCAUUUUCAAGUUCAAGUGGUUUAAACGUUUUUCUAAUGAAAGCAAAUUAGACACUUCUCGAAGUUUGUUGCUAUUAGUGAAAGCACUUGCAAAUGACGAAGUGGCUUGCUUAAAAGCAUUAAUAAAGUCAGAUAUUCGCCUAUUGUCAGAGACUUUAGGAAAUCGUAAUCUUCUCCAUGUAGCUGCUGAAAAUGGUUCCAGUAAAUCCCUGUCCUACUUGUUAAAAGUUUUUUGUGAACAGGAAAAGAAGAAAAUAAGGCGGGGUCUCCUGGACUCAGUUGAAAAUGUGUAUGGUUAUUUGGUUAGAGCUGAUGACAGUGGUGACACACCGUUACAUUUGGCGUGUAGGGACCCUUCAGCAUACUGCUUCAAGGUCAUAUUUCGCUCAAUAGUCAAACAUUUGGGCUGGACAGUAGCUGGAAAAGUCUUAUUGCAGUGCAAUCAUGAAAGACAAAAUCCCUUACAUGUAGCAUGUUUGUGGAAAAAUGUUGAGGUGGUUCGCUUGCUUUUAACAAACGAAUUUGAGAGAAAGUUCGCUGGGAUAUAUAUUCUUCGUUUUCCAACUGAUGGAAGUCUGCAGAAAAUUAGGAAUCUUCGGAUGGCGCUCACCUCGACAUUAAAGGAUGAAUUAAAAAAGUGUCCAAAACCAGAAUAUGCUGAUAGACCUGUUUCUAACUCGGAUUUGUUUUCACUGCCUCAGAACUUUUCUGACACGGAAAACGAUAUCAGCGUACCUGAAGAAACCUGCUUAUCUUGCGAGCGGUGUAACAAGUUUCGCUCUUCCGUUCAGAAAAUUUUUGAAUUGGUGACUCAAAAAGUUCCUGCUGUUUUAUCACAACGCAGAGAAGGAGGUGUAUAUCCUUUGAUGGCUGCUGUGAGAAAUGAUGCUAUCGUUGUUGUGAAGUUACUUUUAUCUCUUAAAGUCGAUUUAGAAGCUGAGGAUUGGGAAGGUCGAACAGCUCUUCAUUAUGCUGCGGAGCAUGGAGUAGCUCGUCAGGUUGCUCUUUUGCUUUCUCACGGCGCUGUACCAUUACAUAAGGAUUAUCGAGGUGUAACACCACUACAUCUUGCUGCUCUGCGAGGCCAGACCACUAGUCUGCGACUCCUCUACCUCGCCACUAAUUUAAAAGAUAUUCCAACAUCAGAUAGUUUCACAGCUUUCUUAUGGAGUGCAUGUCGUGGAAUAGAAGCUUCACUACGCACGAUGUUACAAAUGAAUCCAAAUUUGGAUAAAUCGCAGCACACUCGCGACAACUCCACUGCAAUGCAUUUAUCUGCAUCUCAUGGUCACAGUGAGUGCAGGAGGACAAAAGGAGCAGAGACACCGCUACUUCUAGCAGCUAAAUAUGGUCAUAUUGAAACGCUGCGUAUAUUAGUUGAGUUCGGAGCAGACACCCACACAAUAGACGCUAAGGGAAACUGUUGUCUCCACUUAGCUUCGAAGGCGAAAUUGUCUAGAGAACUUUUCCAACACUUCUUGGUACUGAUCCCAUUCACGGAAAUGAUUAAUAUGAAGAAUGCCAUGGGAAAAACUCCCCUCCACUGUGCCGUGGAAGCUCAGCGUAUUAGUUCUGCGUGUGAACUAGUAGAGCUUGGAGCUAAUAUUCGUGCCAGAGAUAAUACUGGGUGGGAUCCUUUCAUGUACGCAAUACGUUCUGGCUCCAGUCAACUUAUCGCGUUAAUGCUUGAGCACUCACCAAAUGUCAAUUGUUGCUCUGUGGUAAACGGUUACUCAACUCUUUCCCUCGCUCUUAAACAUGGCGACGCUAUGCUGGUGAACCAUUUGAAGAGUCGUGGAGCGAAAUUACCAAAGGAAUUGAUGAAUGAUGCAGCCAGAAAGUAA